AUGUUGCAGAUCGUGCCUGGUGCCUUUGACGCAGCGCUCUGCCAUUUUCCUACCGAGAAUCUCCAGCGCAAUGCACCGAGCUUCAAAUCCAUCGCAGUGCGCGCGGGCGCAUCAUCGACCGAGACCGUGCUAGAGGCAUGGACGAUCGUAUUACGAUAUUACACGGGGAGCGACGUGCUCUCUUUCGGGUUGGCGGACAGCACGGUCGCCGAUGCCCUGUGGUUUGCGGUGUGCCAUGGUGAAAUUCCUGUCGACACUGCUUUGGAGCAAUUACAAUCAUCUGUUCAACAGCCAUCCGAGGAGGUAUCGACCGUCUCGAAUUUCCAGGACUGGGCCGCCUUGAGCAAGUCGUUCAACACCCUGGUCUGGAAGUCGUCGCAUACCGAUCAACUACACCUCUCCGAGCUCGAUACCUCUCAUUUCUCCCUCAUCCUUUCCGUCACCGAUUCGACAGAAGAGCUUCAAGUGACCCUCCAUUAUGCCGCUCACGCCAUCGGCGACAGCAUCGCGGCUGCAGUCGGCGAGGCGAUCGCGCAAGCGACAGACGCGAUCCGAGACGAACCCCAUACCACGGUUGGAGAGGUAGAUCUCUUCGGCCCAUCCUCGUGGACGCGAUUCCAGGAGCUGAAUGCGACUGUGCCCUCGACCAUCGAGGCCUGUCUGCAUGAACAGAUCGACGAAGCCGCGAAGCUAUACCCAGAUCGGACGGCGCUGGAAUGCUGGGAUGGGUCCGUAUCGUACUCGGAACUGGUAGAUUACACCUCGCGACUGGGCAACUUCCUCAUCGCGCAAAAGGUCGGACCCGAGGUAUUCGUGCCCGUCUGUUUCGACAAGUCCCUCUGGGCCGUAGUCUCCAUGCUGGGUGUGCUCAAGGCAGGAGGAGCAUUCGUUUGCAUCGAUCCUGCCCAGCCGAUAGAUCGACUGAGCACGAUCAUAGACGAAGUAGAAGCGCAGUUGGCGCUCACGACGCCAGGGUAUGUGGAUAUGGUGUCGCCGCAUGUGUCGCAAGUCGUUGCGGUGGACGCGGACUUCAUCCACAGCCUCCCACCCUGCCCCGACCUGCCCAAGCGGGCCAGGCCCCGUGAUGCGGUCUUCGCCAUUUUCACGUCCGGUAGUACCGGAAAGCCCAAGGGUAUCGUGCACGAACACCGCGCGGUGUGUUCCAGUGCCAGCGAGCAUAGUGCCAGGAUGAACAUCAAUAGCGACACCCGCACGUUCCAAUUCGCAGCUUAUACCUUCAUCGUCAACACCUUCGAGCUGUUCACUCCGUUGAUCAAAGGUGGUUGCGUCUGCGUCCCUUCGAAGGAGGACAGACUAGGCCGGACAACGGGAGCGCUGCGUGACCUCAGAGCCAACUGGUUCUGCACCACACCCUCUUUCCUUCGAUCUAUCAAGCCAGAAGACGUUCCAGAUCUCAAAACGCUGCUCCUGGCCGGUGAGCCAGUUCAGCAGGAUAACCUCGAUACGUGGCGCAGUCAUGUGCGGAUGCUCAACAUGUACGGUGCAAGCGAGGCUUCCGUCUGCGUCACGGGGGAUUUGUCGGGAUCUGUCGAACGAUCAACUAUCGGUCGGGGCACAGGUGUCGCUGCCUGGGUGGCAGACAUCAACGACCAUGACCGGCUGGCUCCUAUCGGUGCAACUGGUGAGCUGGUGGUUGAAGGCCCCGUCUUGGCUCGGGAAUACAUACAUCAACCCGACAAGACGGCCGCUGUCUUCAUUUCGGACACACCGUGGCUGAAGGCGAUCCGCGGGGCUCCGUCGUCCGCUCGGGCAUACAAGACCGGCGACUUGGUGCGGCUGGGAAGCAAUGGCCAAAUCAAUCUGGUCGGUCGCAAAGACAUGCAGGUGAAACUGCGCGGCCAGCGCAUUGAACUGGAAGAAGUAGAAUUCCAUCUGCGUCAAGCACUGCCGCGUGGUACUGAGGCGGUGGUCGGCCUUGUAAAGCCAGUUGAUCAGACGGACCGACCGAUGCUUGCGGCUUUCGUGGCGCUUAGGAAGGGCUUCGAAGGGAACUUCCACACCCCUGACUCGGCAUCGGUUGAGGAUCUCGAGGCCUUGACGCAAGGCUGGAAGACCAAGCUUUCCGCUGCUGUGCCCACCUAUAUGGUUCCCUCGACGCUUGUCAAACUGAACCACAUGCCUUUGUCGCCAUCCGGCAAGACCAAUCGCAAGGCGAUUAGUGAUUUCGCCUCACAGUUGACCGUUGCCCAGUUGACGGGUGCCACUAAGAAGGAGCACCGAGAGCCUGCGACUGCAACUGGCAUAGCGCUUCGCAAGGUCUGGGCCGGAGUCUUGCAAGUGGAGGAGCAAUCGAUCUCAGCAGAUGAUGACUUCCUGCAGCUUGGUGGUAACUCCAUUGACGCCAUAAAACUCGUGAACCUCUGCGGAAGCGAGAAUAUCGGACUAAGUGUGGCGGAUGUCUUCACACAUCCGUCUCUGGACGACAUGGCGCAGGCUUCUACUGUUCUCGACAGCAUUAAGCCAUUUGAAGACAUUCCCUUCUCUCUGCUUGACUUGAGUGAAGACCUCGACAGCGUGCUUGAUGCUGCAGCCGAGCAGUGCCGCGUUGAAAAGUCCGCGAUCGAGGACCUGUACCCUUGUACUGCUAUGCAGGAAGGUCUCAUGGCGCUCUCUGACAGCCGGAAUGGAGUGUACAUGGCCCAGCACACUCUUGCCCUUGGUCCAAACAUCGACCUGGAACGGUUCAAGAGAGCAUGCCAGGACGUAGUCACCGCACACCCCAUUCUUCGGACGCAUAUCGUCUACCGCCAGCAGUCAGUGUCGUUGCAGGCUGUCAUUCAAGAGACCAUUGCAUGGCGCACAGGUGAAAGCCUCGAAGAGUACUUGGCUGACGACAAGAAGCAACCGAUGGGAGCAGGAGAUGCUUUGACUCGCUACGGGCUUGCUCCCGGCGAGCACGGAUGGACCUUCGUAUGGACUGCGCACCACGCUGUCUAUGACGCGUGGACACUCGAUCUUGUCUUCGAGCGUAUCGACAAGGCAUACAAGGGCCAGCAGCCGGCCCGAGAUGCAACUUUCAAGGCAUUCAUGAACCAUGUGGUUAAUACCGACGACAACGCUUCCAAGGACUUCUGGCAGCAAUACCUCGCCGGUGCAAUGCGGAACGAGUUCCCCUGCACAGUGUCCACCGCGAAACAACCCGUGUCAGACUCCACGGCAAUUUACGAGAUGGCGCUCGCGCGCACCGAUAACCUACCGGGCAUCACAAUGGCAUCUAUGAUCCGUGCAGCCUGGGGAAUUCUGAUCGGAUCCCAUUCCGAAUCCGAAGAUGUGGUAUUCGGGAAUAUCGUUUCCGGUCGCAACGCUCCUGUGCCGGGCAUCAAUCGUCUAGUAGGUCCAGGCAUCGCCGCCGUGCCAGUACGAGUCAAAGUUCCCCAGGAUGCUAGCACCACUGUAGGGGAAUUCAUUGGCAGCCUGCAGGCCGAGGCGGCUAAGAUGAUCGCGUUUGAGCAAAUCGGACUGCAAAACAUCGGCAGGGUGAGCGCUGAUGCGGCCAGUGCCUGCGACUUCCAGACCUUGCUUGUUGUCCAGCCCGCCAAGGAAAAGUCAUCUGUGGUUGAGGAGCCGGAUUUGACAGCUGUAUCUGACGCGGACGCCAACUUCGGAACAUACGCGCUCACUCUGGAAUGUACUCUGCAGGCGCAAGGAGUGAAGUGUGCCGCCCACUUUGACUCCAGCCUCAUCACAGCUGAGUACGUUCAGCGCAUCCUUAGCCAGCUGAAACAUCUGCUCCAACAAUUCUGCUCCUCCGCCGCAGAGACCAAAUUGGACGAUCUCAACUUCAUCAGUGCUAAGGAUGAGGAGAGCAUCCGUCAAUGGAACCAAGACAUCCCGGCUCCGGUCCAUAAGACCAUCCACCAGCUGAUUGAAGAGCGUAUUGCAGAGCACCCUAGCAAAGAGGCUGUGUGCUCUUGGGAUGGAUCCUUCACGUUCGCGGAUCUCGACAAGCAUUCUGCUCGCCUGGCGCAUCGCCUUGCUGAGCUCAAAGUUCAGCCCGAGGAUUUCGUCCCUUGCUGUUUCGAGAAAAGUCGGUGGCCUGUGGCAGCUAUGCUGGGUGUCAUGCGGGCCGGCGGUGCCUUCCUGAACAUCGAUCCAGCCCAGCCAAAGAGCCGUAUUCAGCUUAUGGUCACCAAGCUGAAGGCGAUGACUAUCGUUUGCUCGCCCGAACAAGAGGAGUUGUGUUUGUCCUUCGGUCCUGAUUAUAAUGUGGUGGUGUUGUCCGCCGACACGCCAGAAGAGCCAACGACGGGGGUUCUUCCUGCUACGAGUGUCAGCCCUGAGAACUCGGCCUAUGUCAUCUUCACUUCUGGAAGUACGGGAGAGCCGAAGGGUACAGUGAUCCAGCACGGCGCCUACGCCUCUGCGUCCACCACCCAUGCAUCGUCGAUGUUGAUGCAUGGUGGCACUCGCUCUCUGCAGUUUGCUUCUUUCACUUUCGACGCGAGCUUGGUCGAAAUCCUGACCACGCUGAUUGUCGGCGGCUGCGUGUGCGUAGCGUCGGAGGAACAGCGCAAGCGCGACGUGACCGAAGCAAUCCGCGAGACCAACUGUAAUUGGGCUGUGCUUACCCCAUCCUUUGUGAACCUCAUCAAUCCCGAUGAUGUGCCGACGCUGAAAGUUCUGAUUCUGGCUGGCGAGGCCAUGUCUCAAUCUCAUAUCGAGACGUGGGCCCACAGACUUCGGCUGGUCAACGCGUACGGUCCCAGUGAGUGCUGCGUCUGCAGUACGAGCAAUUUUAAUAUCACUAGCGAGUCAAGCCCAAGGAACAUCGGCCGAGCAUGCUCUGGUGCCACCUGGGUCGUCAUGCCCCACAACCACCACCGGCUGGUGCCGGUCGGUAGCGUUGGAGAGCUCGUGAUGGAAGGUUGGAAUGUCGGCCGGGGAUAUCUCGCGGAGCCUGCGAAGACACAAGCUGCGUUCGUGGAGAACCCUCGGUGGCUCAACAAAGAAGAUACCACAAGACCGCCCGUGGUGUACAAGACAGGUGAUCUGGUACGCUACAACCCUGACGGUACACUGAGCUUCCAGCGCCGGAAGGACACCCAGGUCAAGCUCCGCGGUCAGCGAAUCGAGCUGGGAGAAAUCGAGUACCGGAUCAAGCAGAGCCUACCGAAUAAGCCAGAUGCCAUCGUUGACAUUCUGUCGCCAAAGGACGCUCCCGGCCAGCCUCGUCUCGUGGCAUUCUUGCCUGUUCCUACCGAGGAAGUUUCUUCUACUACCACCAUCGUUCCUCCACAGAGCGACCGCCACAUGACAGCAAUCUCUGGGCUCGAGGACCGACUAGCGGAGUUCCUGCCAAUGCACAUGAUUCCUAGUGCCUAUCUUCCCGUGAACCACGUUCCCAAAUUACCAUCCGGCAAGGCCGACCGCAAGACCUUGAUUCGAUGCGGUAGUGAGAUGACCCAAAGGCAGAUGGCAGAAUACACCGGCUCGACCGAAGAGGCGCGCCCUCCGACUACGGAGAUGCAGUGUGCGUUGCAGCAACUCUGGGCUGAGGUUCUCAAAACAUCUGCAGCGCAGAUCAGCCUCAACGACAACUUCCUCCGACUAGGCGGUGAUUCAAUCACUGCUAUGCGGUUGGCAUCCGCUGCUCGUGCGCAGGGAAUCCCCCUUUCAACUGCCAAUGUGUUCCAGCACCCGACCUUGGAGGCAAUGAGUGCCGUGGCCGAGACGCUGUCGCAUCAGCAGCGUCCCCAGACAUUCGAGGCCUUCUCCACGCUCAAGUCCUUUAAAAGAGACCAACUCUUGCAUGAAAUUGUGUUGCCGCAAGUCGAUACCCCAGCCAUGAACAUCGAAGAUGUGCUGGAGGUCACAAACUUCCAGUCGCUUGCCAUUGGCGGUGGACUCAACAGGACGCGCGGCUGGAAUAAUUAUUUGGUAUUUGACUUCAGCGGACCAAUUGACCUGAGGCGACUGCAGACAGCCUGCGAAGAACUAAUAAAGCACCACGCGAUAUUGCGGACGGUCUUUGUCAAGACCGGUUCUCAACUCUUGCAGGUCGUUCUCCGAUCAGUCACUCCAGAAUACACAUUCCAUAUCCAGGAUGAGCAGGACCCGUCCGAGGCGCUGGUGCGGCACGACCUCGCACGCCCGCCGCGUCUUGGCGAGCCCAUCGUCCGGUUCAUGGUGAUCAAGAACGGAGCGAUCAAACACCGUCUCAUUAUGAGAAUUUCCCAUGGGCAGUAUGACGGCUCCUCAAUGCCACUGCUUAUGCAGGACCUCCGUAACGCCUACAGGGGCGAAUCUCUCGCGAAAAGACCUCAGUUCGCCAAUUUCGUGCGCAUGCAGUUACUCGCCAACGAAGGUGCCGAGUCAUUCUACAGACAGAUGCUGGCUGGAUCCUCCAUGACAGCGGUGGUGUCGCACCCCAAGCCUUCCGUUACCAACGUGCUCAACAUGAUGAUCGUCGAGAUGGUCCCGUUGGUUGCAUACAAGGAUCACGGGAUCACGGCCGCCACCGUGAUUAAAGCGGCCUGGGCACUCGUCCUGGCCGAGAUGGCAGCUACAUCUGACGUGGUCUAUGGCCACAUGGUGUCGGGUCGCAACCUGGCUCUGGACAACGUCGAGUCCGUCAUGGGUCCUUGCCUGAACAUUGUCCCUGUUCGGGCGGACAUGAAGGCCGUGCGCACGGUGCUCGAGCUGCUGCAGAUGCUCCAACAACAGCAGACCGAUACCAUUCCCCACGAAUCCCUGGGCUUCCAGAACAUUAUUGACAGGUGUACUGAUUGGCCGACCGCGACUCGAUUCAGUUCCGUCUUCCAGUACCAGGAGUUUGGCGCGGAAGAGGAUCCCACUCAGCCGGUCUCGAUGGAGGAAACUCUGAAAUGUACGCCAGGGUUCAUCUGCCCAUCUCCCGAUGCCUGCGACCUGUCGAUUCUGGCCACUCCAGUCGGCUCGCAGGUGCGGAUCGAGAUGAUCUUCUCGACUCACGCCAUGUCGCAGUCGUUCGCGCAGGAGACACUGAAGAAGCUGUGCGCCAAGGUGGACGCGAUCGCGCGUCAGGAUGUCAACACCCCGCUGCCUUCGGCGGAGCAGCGCGCAUCGCAACAAGCUGUGAUACCGUUGCCUGAGCCGGGUAAUGAUCAGACGAAUGGACUCGUCGACGGCAUUGUGAAGCAGAUGGUUAAUGGAAUCAACGCUGUGGGGGAAAUCAGUGGCUUGAACGGUGUGGAGGGAGGCGGUGAAGACGAGAGUCACGAGACUCUCGCUACCGAUUACAAGGUCAAUUUGUUGGCCUCGGUGCCCAUUAGUUAA